CGUCCCUCACUUGCCCCCGCACUACAACUCCAUCCAGCAGCUAGAGAACUCUCUCGCAAUCACCCAUACAGAGUCACUGCAUCUAUUGCAUGUACUCGAACCAGCUUUGCAGCUCGCACAACUCCCACCGAGGCACUAAGCACACCGCCGCCGGCUUCAUCAUAAGUUUCUGAAUUCUCCAUCGACAUUCCGUUUAUAUAUACUCGAAUCGCCAUGGCUCCUACCAUCAGCUCUGGAUAUACCACACCUAACUCCGAAAUCGAUUCUCUGUUGACGGUUCAUCCCACCGCUGCACGUCGCCCCUACGCGCUCACUGUCCAGUCCGAGAACACGUUCUACAGUGACGAGCAUAUCACAUCCAAGUUUGUGAAUCGCGGUGCAAAUGUCGUUGUGUCGAAUGGUCAAUUCAACAUUACGCCCACUUCCGAGACGUUCGAAUUCCAAACCAAACGCGCCGUCUCGAAGACUGGAUUGAUGAUGAUCGGCGUCGGUGGCAAUAAUGGUAGCACCCUCUGCGCUACCAUCCUCGCCAACCGCCACAACAUUACCUGGCGCACCAAAGAAGGACUUCAACAGCCCAACUAUAUCGGCUCUCUUCUCCGUGCCUCUACUGUGCGCAUCGGGACAGACGGUGUCACUGGUCAGGACGUCCAUGUCCCGGUCUCCGAUGUGUUGCCCAUGGUCCAUCCCAACGAUCUCGUUGUUGGUGGCUGGGACAUCUCCGGUCUGCCCAUGAACAAGGCCAUGGAGCGUGCGCAAGUUCUUGACUACGAUCUUCAGCGCCAGGUCGCACCGUACAUGGCGGCGCUCGGCAAACCACUACCCUCUAUCUAUUACCCCGAUUUCAUCGCCGCGAAUCAAGAGGCUCGGGCCGACAAUCUCAUCGAAGGCAACGACAAGCAGACCCAUCUUGAGCACAUCCGGGCCGAUAUCCGCAAGUUCAAGCAGGACAACGAGCUCGAUCGUAUCGUCGUCUUCUGGACGGCCAACACCGAGCGCUACAGCGAUAUCAUCCCGGGUGUCAACGACACUGCGGAUAACCUGCUUGCUGCGAUCAAGUCGUCUCAUUUCGAGGUCUCGCCUUCGUCGUUGUUCGCUGUUGCAGCGAUCCUCGAGGGAGAGCCAUUUGUCAAUGGUGCUCCCCAAAACACUUUUGUGCCCGGAGUCAUCCAGUUGGCUGAGCGUCACCAGUCUUUCAUCGGCGGAGACGACCUCAAGUCCGGACAAACCAAACUCAAGUCAGUACUGGCCGAGUUUUUGGUGAACGCAGGCCUCAAACCUCUGUCGAUCGCCUCGUACAACCAUCUCGGUAACAACGACGGCCACAACUUGUCGGCCGAGCGCCAGUUCAAGAGCAAGGAGAUCAGCAAAAGCAGUGUGGUCGAUGACAUGGUUGCUGCCAACCGGCUGCUCUUCAAGGCCCCCGAACCCGAGACCAAGGGCAAGGGCGAGCACCCCGAUCACAUCGUCGUCAUCAAGUACGUCCCUGCUGUCGGUGACAGUAAGCGGGCGAUCGACGAGUACUACUCCGAGAUUUUCUGUGGUGGUCGUUCUACCAUCAACAUCUUCAAUGAGUGCGAGGACUCGCUGCUCGCCACUCCGUUGAUCCUCGACCUGACCAUCCUCACCGAGUUGCUCACCCGUGUGAAGUACCGAAAGGCUUCGGAGAAGGAAUUUGCGCCGUUGUAUGCGGUGCUCUCCUUGCUUUCGUACAUGCUCAAGGCGCCGUUGGUCAAGCCUGGCACUGAAGUUGUGAACAGCCUCAACCGUCAGCGCAAUGCGCUUGAGAGCUUCCUUAAGGCCUGCAUUGGGCUCGAGGGCAGCAGCGACCUCCUGCUCGAGACUCGAAUUUGGUAAAUGCUAUUGAUGAAAUGGACGGGUCGUUCAACGUUCAACACGGUCAAUGUUCCCUCCUAGAUAUUCGAUAGAUAGAUCGUUUCCAAGUGGUCAUUCAACUGUCCAAGAAUCAAUUACUGUGCCCUAAUCCUGCCUGAAAUGUCGUUUGCAAUCUGUCCUCCACUAUUUCCAUGGUUGAUGCCGGC